AUGCUCAGUCCAGUACGUCUCUUUCAAAUAAGAAAGGAGAACAGUGAGACGCAGGCAUUGGUGGAGGAAAGUGAAGACGAUCUGCAAAGAGAUAUUCAGAUAGGCAGGCAUCAGCUCCCGGGCACCAGGCAGCGCGGCAACUGGAAGGUUUCCCGCAAGACCCACAGGGACCCCGGAUACAAGGCACAACCGGACAUUGAAAAAGCAGGGACACCCUCAACCCCUUCACAGGAGGACGAGAGUUUCCCAGACGCGAUACAGAAUGGGGGGCUCAGUGGGACGCUGAAUCCUCCGUUCGGCACUGGAGCCAGGUUAGACCCUAUCUCAGCUGGAACAGGAGAAAGAGACAAUGAAAGAGCAGCACCGGGGAUAUCUGAGAAGACGACACGAGAGAGCUCCACCGUGAGCUCCAGUGCGAAUCUCUGUCACGUCGGUCGGAAGGAGAAGGACCAACCAGAAGCCCUGGUGAACCCCUAUGGCUCAGAGAAUGGUGGUAUUAGUGGGAUGUUGUGGAACCCUUUUCGCUCUGUGCCCAAGGACAGAGAUGAUAAGGAUGUGACUUCAGGGCACCUAGACAAGAGCUCUGUGAAAACAGCCAGCGAGGAAAGCAUCUUUCAUUCCAAACAGAUUGGUGUUAACAGUGGGAUACCAAUUAAUCCAUUUUACUCUUGGACCAAGGAGAAAGACAGUGAGGACUUGGCCGCAGAGUCCUGUGAGAAGAUAAAUUCUGAGAAAACGGGGAGAGAUGAGAGCCUCUUUCACUCCAAACAGAUUGGUGUUAACAGUGAGAUACUGUGGAAUCCAUUUUACUCUUGGUCCAAGGACAAUGAGGUUGUCACAUUGGAGUCCCUUGGGAAAAUGAGCUCUGGGAAAACGUCCAGUGCUGAGAAGCUCUCUCAGACCAAACAGGACGGCGAUGUCGGGGAGAUGGUGAGGAAUCCCUUUCUCUCUGCGCUCAAGGAGAUGGGCCGUGAAAGCGUGGCCCCAGAGCCCUGCGAGACGCUGAGAUCUGAGGAGCCGGCCGGCAAGGGGAAACGGGGCUCCAGUGACUGGCUCAGUGGGUUCCAGAGAGAGGUGCCGUCUAACCCGUUUUAUACAUCCCCCAAGCCCCAGGGGCAGGCUGAUCUGGAGUCAUGGAGGGAUGUCCAGGCUCGCAAGAGUCUCUCUGACUCGGCUCUGAUCGCUCCGGAACCAGCAGGGCCCUCUCUGGUCCUACCUCGCGUCCUCCCUGCACCAGUCCAGGAGCGCCGGUGGUCCAGGGUGGAGACGGAGGCCCCGCUGUAUGAGAGCAUCAUCCUCAUUGGGCAGGUCCGAGCAGGGCUUGGGUGGAGAUGGACGCGGCCGUUACUUGUGGGGUUUCUGGACUGA